CUCCCGCCUCCUCACCACACGCACACGCACUUGACUCUUCCUCCCCUUCUUCACCCACUGCCAGUCUGCUGCUGGCCUCUCCCUCCCCUCGGCGGCUCGGCCAUCCAUAGCCAUGGCGACCACCACCUCCGCCUCUUCACCUCGGCACAUCUCACUCCCAGCUGCCGCAAGUAGGAGUACGUAGUAAAUAGCCGUACAUAGGUUCAGUCGAUCGUUCAGAGAGCAGAGAGAGGGUAGCUAGCUAUAUAUAUAGGAGUAUACAAGAACGGUGGAGACAGGCCGGCCGUGCAGGGCAGGGGAGAUGAUGCUGGGGAAGCAGAGAUCCGGGCGCCCGUCGCCGGCGUCGCGGCAGCAGCACCACAUGCGGCGGACGACGAGCCUGACGGAGUUCGCGGCGCCGGACGUGCUGGCGGACGUGGCGGAGGAGGAGGAGGAGGACGAGGAGCUGCAGCUGCUGCCAGCGCACGCGGAGGCGGCGGCGGCGGCGGACGAGGUGGAGGCGGCGGACCCCUACGGGUGGGCCGUCGGCGGCGCGGCGGCGGCCGGGCGCGCGGACUGGCUGGCGGCGUACCGCGCCCGCGCCGCGCCGGCGCUGGCGGGGCUCCGCCGGAACUCCGCCGACUUCUCGGCCGCCGAGACCGCCGCGUUCCUCCGCGCCUGCGGCCUCUGCAACCGCCGCCUCGGCCCCGGCCGCGACACCUUCAUGUACAGGGGCGACACGGCGUUCUGCAGCCUCGAGUGCCGGCAGCAGCACAUGACGAUCGAGGAGUGGAAGGAGAAGUGCGCGCUCGCCACGCCGCCGACGACGACGGCCGACCCGGUGGUGCCGCUGCCGCUGCCGCCCAGCGGCGGCGCGGCGGGCUCCGACAAACCCGCCGGCACGCUCACCGCGGCCUCCUGAGGGGAUCGGGAGGCCGGCGAUCGAUCGAGAUGAUCCGGCUAGCUCUCUGGCGCGCCACGCACAUCACUUGCAUGCAUAUUAUCUAUCUAUCUAUCUAUGCCUAUGCGUCGUCAGCUAUGUAAUAUGCUCAGAGCAGAGCAGAGCACUGUUCUGUUGCUGCUAUGUUGGUUCAUCUGCGCGGAUGCAUGCAUGCCACGCAUACAUGAUACAGGCAUUUUGAUAUCAGUCUCUGCCCGGCCCUUCGCCAUGAUAUAUCUCGGACGUAUCAUGCAGCAUGAUCAUCAGUUGAUAUCCUAUCAUCCGCUCUCGAAUCACGCUAGCUAGAUUAUGUAGUAUGAUGCAUGGUUGCUUUUUUUUCUCUCCACGAUGCAUGCAUCCAACUAUAUCUAUCCAACCCAAACAGAGACAAGCGUUUUCACAACAUCAACAGAUUGAUCUGUUCUGUUA